AUGGAACAAAUGCUCAUCCUGUGCAUUAAACAAAUCUGGGGCUACAUUUCAUACUUACAAUCCUUGUGGCUAACGAGCUGGUUUGGCUACAACAACAACAAGGGCUACAGCAACAGCAACAGGAAUAGCAACAGGAGCCGCCACAUUGCGAACGCUGUCGAUGCUGGCGUUUACACGCUACAACAGCCGCAUAAAUUUCCGCUUCAAUUGGACGUGUACAGCGGUAAUUGCAGCUUUGAUUACCAGCAACACGAGCCACCAUCCGGCUAUUACCAAAACCAGCAGCAACAGCAACAAGGAGAACACAAACUACACAGCGCAACAGCAUCAACAGCUCAAGCUCAAUCAACACUUUCCGUCGAACAGCUGAAGCUGAAGCUGACAAAGACGACAAGCGGAGGGGAAGAAGAGCACCGAUUUUUGAGAAAUUCAACGCAGAUUUACGAAACGAAAUUCAUUGAAAGUUCAGCGGGGCAAAAAAUGGAUGACAUGGUUUAUCAGUGCAGCAAUCAGAACUCAAUUUACGUGCUUAAUGCCGGUUACAAUCCAUCGUAUGGGGACUUUGGCACACAUGCGAUGCACACGCAGAUGACAGCAACUGGGCGUGAAAUGAAUGGCAGCAGGACAACAAGGACAAGGAAUUCAAUUGGCGCAAGUUGCUCGAGUGCCGCCUGCAGUUUGCAGCAUAAAUUCAAAAGUUUUGGCACAGCAGCAGCAACGGCAGCAGCAGCAGCCGCCAGCAAUGGCAACUCGUCAGCAAUGCCAUCAAGUGCAGCAACAGCAACGGCAACGGCAACGGCAACUGCAAUAGCAACAACAGCAGCAACAAUGGCAACCACAAUAAUCGCAGCAACAGCAACACCAACAGCAUCAACAGCAGCAACUCCAACAGCAACAACCACAACAACAAUAACAGCAAACUACGUAAAUCCGGUCGCUACAUCAAUGUCAACCGCAGCAAUGUGUUCACCGGCAACGGCGGCGCUGCAGAAAUUGUUCAAUUGCAAUGUCGUCGUCGGCGGCGGAGGCGGUGGCAACGUCUGCCAAAAUGUCAGCCACAGAAAUCAUCAUCAGCAGCAACAACAGCAGCAACAGCAGCAGCAUCAGGGCAACCACAACGGCAACGGCAGCAACAACAAUUGCCCAGCUGGGAGCCAUAACAAUAGCUGCCUGUCAGCGACAUCGUCGUCGCACCGAAGCAUCUGUGAUCCGCACGAGGGCUCAGCGGGAGUUGGAGUUGGAGUUGGAGUUGGAGCAGGUGCACUGCCAAGUAUGGCCAACAAGAAGAAAUGCACCAAUGUCAAAUCAACGCUUAUUGCCAAGAAGACAAAGUUUUUGAAAUUUCUCGAAGAAGAGAAAUGGCGCAGCAGCAACAACAUCGCCCAACUGGCUGCACAAGAUGCGGAAGCCUGUGGUGCUCCACUUGCCUUUUUGCCCAGCAGCAAUGAGGCGGAGCCCUACGCAGCGUCCAGAACAACAUCGGCCAUGGCGGCCACAUCAUCAUUGGCGGCUCACUCAGGCAUCAAGCAAAAUAACAACAACAGUACUGGGGAGGAGCUAGCUGGAGCGGAGCAACAGCAAAAUAAAUUGAACAAUUGGAGCAUGCAUAAUGACAGCAACAACAAGCUGACCAACUACAAACAGCAGCAGCAGCUGGAAAUGAAUAAACAAACUGCAAAAUCCAGCUAUGAGUUAUAUCAAGAAGCCGCGGACAUUUUGGGACUUAGCUGCAGUCUCUGUGAUAACUGCCGUUGCUUGGAUUGUCAGAGUGGCUACUUUGAUUGUGCCGACGAUGAUGAUGAAAGCUAUUCGGAGCAAUCACUGAUGGACGAGUAUGAUGAAUACGACUACCAUGGCUACGGCUAUGAACAGGAACAGGAACACGAACAGCAGGCGUUGUCAUUGUUGACAAGUGCUCAUCAUGCUGGCCCUAAUCAACCAGCCAUGACACAACCAGACCAGCAUCAACUCCACCAUCAGCAACAGCCACAGCAGCAGCAGCUGCAGGCGGCAGAGCUGAACCUUUGUUAUGCAGUUGAUUGCCAACAGAAUUGCAUCAGAAGUGACGAUGGCCAAACCAACGAAGGCACUUUUCAAACGGACUCCGACUACGACUACGAGAAAGAGAGGGAGACGGAGGUGGAGGUGGAGGCGGAGAGCGGGCCGAACACUGCAACCAAGUCUGAGCAUCGUCUGGCCAUUGAUUUUGAUUUAAUUAAUGCAACCAGCAGUCAAGUCCUGCAAAAUUGCGCAACAUUCAACGAUUUAAGUUUGCUCGAGCGACAAGUGGAACCAUUUACGUAAAUCAAAAGUUGAUGAUAAUGAUGACGACGAUGAUAAUGAUGAGGAAAAUCAACUGAAUAAUGCAAAGGUAAACAACACGUCAACAAAACGCAGCAGCUAAUUAAAUUUAAAUUGAAUAAAGCAUGUUAAUUGUAUGUGACACCCACACACAAACAGUGCGUGCAAACAGUAAACGCAUACACUAUUUAUUCUAUAGACAACUUUUCAUUUCGAUUUCAAUUAAAUUGCAACACGGCCAAAGGCAACUGUCAGUGAAUGAAGCAGCUUUAUAAACAUAUAGAUAAAUGUACGCGGAAAUGAAAACAACAUACAACCAAAAAUUUCAUAUGCUUUGGUAUACCGAAGAUUUUAAUUCGCUUCCUUACCGAGUUCUUAUUUCUUCUCCCAUCUGAAAAUAAUACUAAAUUUGAAGAAUAAUCAUUCAAUAUUCAAAACAUUCUGCUACAUCAAAUAUAAUUAUAAUAAACUGAAAGAACUUUAAAUAAUACAAAGUUUUCAUUCCUCUUGUAACAUCCACAAAAAGGACAACUUGAAACAUUACUCAAAAAAAUCCUAUAUUAAUUAAAAAGAAAUCGCAAUUCAAUCAAACAAAUAUGAAGCGUGUUCGUAGUAAAAAGUAUACGUUCCCUAUUGAAAUUAAAAUUUAUUUUUAACUAUUUUUCACAAAA